AUGUCUACGUUUUCGUACGCACAAGCCGCCAAGGGCGCUUCCGGGACACCGACUCCAUCCAAAACACCUUCAGUAUCAGAGAAAGCCGAGUCCAAAUCGGAGGAGCAGACCGCCGUCGAGACCACAACAGAUGAGGCACCAGCUCCCGCCGAGCCUGAGACCGCCCAAAAAUCCGAGACAGUCGCCGAAGAGUCCAAGGACGAUGACUUCACCACUGUCACCAGCAAGCACGCCACCAAGUCAAAGGCUGUGACCCCUCGAACAUCAAGCCCGAGCGUUCGCACAGGCUCAAAGGCACGCAAAUCCAAGGAGGACGAGUCAAAUACCUCCAAUGCCAACGCAGAUGCCACCACUGAGAAGCAGGCUCCCAGUGAGACACAAACUGAGAAGGGCGAGGCCAAAGAGAAGUCAACGGAGAAGCCUGAGGAUUCCGAGAAGACCGCAGCACCGCCCAAGGAGCUAAAGGCUGCUCCUCUUCCCUCGGUCAACAUUUGGCAACAGCGACUAGAGGCCCAGGUCAAGGCGGCCCCGAAGUCCACUUCCACCAGCAAGGUCGCCUCUACCAAGGCCGACGAGACACAAGAUUCCAAGGCCGGCUCUAAGAAGAAGGGUGCCGACGGAGCACAGGAAGGUGCCAAGGAUCGCAAGAAGACCGACGGUGGAAAGGGUCGCGAUGUCGUUCCCCCAGUAGAGGAUGCUACCGCGUGGCCCACUCCUCAAGUCGCGAUCGGCGAAGAGAAGAAGAAGGCCCAUGAUAAGACCGACAAGAGCCCUGUCAUCAGACCCCACGGAAAGGAGAAGUGGACUCCGGUUCCUUAUGUCCCAACUGCUGUUUUCAACACUCCGCUUCCGUCCGCCGGUGGCCGUGGAGGCCGACGGGCCACUCGUGGUGGCAGAGACAGCGGCCGCGGAGCCCACGGUACUGGUGCCGCUGCUGCCGACAAGGCUGCCUCUGGACAGGCCGCCCAAGGUGCAAAGCAGGCGACUGGAGAGCGAGGACGUCACGAGUCUGGCACUGGACGUGCUGCCUCUUCCCGCCCAGGCGCGCCGCUCGACGACAAGCAGGUGAACGGCGGAGAGAACGUCCCCCGCUCUCAACGCGAGGGCAAGCCCUUUGGAAGAAACCAAGAUGCCCGCAAGAACCUGGCCGUUGACCCGCAGGCUGCCGCCCGCAGCACCGACCGUCGCUUCGAGGCCGGAUCGAAGUCUGCUGACGCUAGUGGUUUCACCGACUUCAGCCGGGAACGCGGCGAGUUCCGCCCUGAGCGUGGAGGUCGUGGAUCCAACCGUGGCCGUGGUGGCCCGUACUCCAACUUCGGCGGCCAGAACGCCCAGUUCAAUGCGUCCAUGUCCAACAACGGGUUUGCCACACCCAAGGCAUUUUACAACGACCGUCAGCGCUCGCAGCAGCAUGGCAUGCCCAAUGGCUCUCAACAAAACCGUAUGCCCCUCCGUUCGCCCUCUUUGACCACCCCUGGAAACGCGUAUGGUGGUGUUUAUCCUAUUCCAGUUGAUAUCAACACGAUGUAUGGCUACCCGGCCGUCAACCCGACACCGAUGAGCGCCAUGCCCUACCCGUCGUACCCGGAACCCUUGUCGCUCAUGGGCAUGCUAUCCAUGCAAUUGGAGUACUACUUCUCGGUCGACAACAUGUGCAAGGACAUGUUCCUGCGCAAACAGAUGGACUCUGAGGGCUUCGUGCCUCUCAGUGUGCUCGCCAGCUUCAAGCGUGUGAAGUUGCUCACCGAGGACUUCGAACUUCUUCGUCACGUGGCUCGCCAGCUCCGCACUGUUGAGUUCCAGACCAGCGAGGACGGUGUCGACCGCCUGCGUCCCCGAGAGAAGUGGCAGCAAUGGGUCCUCCCCGUGGAUCAACGUGAACCUGCCGCUCAGCAUAACGGCGCUGCCCCUGCUGGAAAGACUGACGAAAACACCCCGACUAACAGCCACCGCGAGUCUGCCAUCAAUGGAGCCGCCCGCCAGUUUGUUCCCAACGGUGUUUCCAGUGGACCUAAGACCUCACUUUCGUCUACCGCCCCGGAAUUCAUGCCCUCAUUGCCACCCACCGCAGUGAGCGAGAUUGCCAAUGUAGGACACUCCCCGGAUUAUCCCAUUUCCCCUACCUCGACAAUGUCGUUUUUUUCGUCGUCUUCAUCGUUUCCCAAGGACAGCCCAGUUAUUAACACAUUUCAUUCAGCGUGCGGACUAGAUUUGCAGUCUGAACCGUCCUUUCUCUCCGAUUUGGAACCCGUGGCCCCGAAGAGCACCCACGCAGAAUAUUUCCCAGGCCAACCCGGCGGUGCUGAUUGGCUGAUGAAUGAGUCUCUUGCGAAAACGCAGCAUCCACUGCCGCCCAAACCGAAAAGAAGGGAUCGUUCGUCCAACUAUUUCCCAAAAACUUUCCAUACAUCUCGCAACGGAACUUGGAACGGCCAAGGCCGCUCAAUGGCCAGAGGGUAUAACUCUGGAAUCAUCAUGCCUUACCAUGACUGGUCAUUGCACUUGACCACAAGUUUGACCAACAAUUUCAAUUUUCACCUGUACAAUGAAUUUAGGCGUUCGGCCCUUGAUGACCUUCUUACACGAAGCGAUGAUCAAGGUUUCCACGAGCUCAUGCGAUUUUAUCGGGUCUGUCUUCUUCACCGUCACUCCAUUCCUUCCCCGGUGAUAUGCGACAUGGUUCGGCUUUCACAACAGCCAACGGUGCCAUACCACACUCUUGCCUUCAACAUGAUCCAUGAAACACUUGCCAGUGGAGCGAUGAAAUCGCACAAUCAGCGAAAAGUCAGCAGUUACUUCAAUACCCAGCGCGGCUAG